AUUCUUGCACGUUGUUUCUUCAGUGAGUCCGACCUGAAAACGUCAUUGCUCUCCCAAAAGUAGUUUGAAGCAGGUAGUUAGACCUGAAGUAUAUCUUUUUUUAAAGGAAUCGGUUGCCCUCGUAACCCUCUAGAAAGAUGAAUAACGUUUGGAAAGCAGUGAUCGUCCUGAGUGCCUUCAUCGCAGCAGCACAAUGCCUGAACUGUCGUCAGUGCGUUGUUGGUGUAUUUGGGACGUGUCUGUUCGGAAGCGACGUCCAAUGUAACAAUUCAACUGAGAGCUGCUUCCGCGGAGAAGCACAGUUCAACGCGACUGGGACGUUGACCCUGCACAGCCGCGGCUGCCUGGACUCAGACCUGUGUGGGAAAACGCUGACCGGCAACCUCCUGGGUGCUGCUUACACCAGCAGUUUCCAGUGUUGUACAACAAACCUGUGUAAUGGAGUCACCUCUGUCCAGCUCUCGCUGACUGUGGCCCUCUGUGCUGCCGUCCUGUCCUUUGUCAUGCAAUGAAGAGAUUGUUUUAAAAUCCAUGAAGCAUCAAUUAAAUGAAUCAUUGUGAGCUCCUU